GCACACCUUCCCAUUCAGAAGGCAAAGGGCAGCUCCUGGGUGGAGCCGCAGAAACUGGCCGGCACAGCUCCUCUGCAGGCGCUGCUUGGGAGGCCUUUCCUGUUCUGAAGACAGCGAGGCAGACAGGCGGCAGCAUGGGAAGAAGGGCGUGGUGCUUCCUGCUCCUGGGGGUCCUGGCUGCAUAUUACAUCUACACGCCGCUCCCAGGGAAUGUGGAGGAGCCGUGGAAGCUGACGCUGAUUGACGCAUCUCUGAGAACCUUUGUACAUUUGGCGACAUUUGUCGAGUUUCUGGGACUUUGCCACUUUUUUGAUUUGUUCACGAGCACAAUGAGCCUUCGAGAAGCCCCACCAACUUCAGAUGAAAACGUCACUGUGACUGACACGAAAUUCAACAACAUUCCUGUCCGCGUGUACGUGCCCAGGAGGAAGCCGGACGCCCAGAGGAGGGGUGUGUUUUACAUCCACGGAGGAGGCUGGAGCUUGGGAAGUGCUGCUUUAAAAAACUAUGACCUGCUCUCAAGAUGGACAGCAGAGAGACUGGACGCUGUCGUCGUAUCGACCAACUACAGAUUAGCACCUCAGUAUCGCUUCCCAAUCCAAUUUGAAGACGUAUACGAUGCCUUAAAGUGGUUUCUGCAGAAAAACAUCCUUGAAGAGUACGGUGUGGACCCCGGGAGGAUCGGUGUGUCUGGAGACAGCGCAGGAGGGAAUCUGGCUGCCGCGGUGACCCUACAGCUCUCCGACGACCCCGAGGUCCCGCUCAGACCCAAGACACAGUCUCUGAUUUACCCGGCCCUGCAGGCCCUGGAUAUGGACACGCCCUCGUUCCGGGAGAACGCACACGUGCCCAUCCUGCCGCGGUCUCUGUUGGUCCGGUUCUGGAACGAGUACCUUGGCGGGGACAGGGCCGUGGAGCAAGCCAUGCUCUGCAACCGGCACGUGCCGCAGGAGGCGGGCCCCCUGCUGGGGCGGGUCAACUGGAGCUCCCUGCUCCCCCAGCGGUUCCUAAAGGGACACGCUUACCGGGCCCCGACUUUCGGGAGCUCCGAGCUCGCCAGAAAGUACCCCGGCUUCCUGGACGUGAGGGCGGCGCCCCUGCUGGCGGACGACCGCAGGUUGCAGGGUCUGCCGCGGACCCACGUGGUCACCUGUCAGUAUGACAUCCUGCGCGAUGAGGGGUUCAUGUACGUGCGCCGACUGCGCGACGCGGGGGUCCCGGUGACCCACAGCCACGUGGAGGACGGCUUCCACGGGGCACUGUCUUUCCCGGAGCUCAAAAUUUGCUACAGGAUGUUGGAUGAGUACUUGAGUUGGCUAGAGGAAAAUCUAUAGGAAAACAGAUGCACCGUCAAAGUAGACUGAAUCUCAGAAAAUCCGCACUGGGGGAUUUGGUCUUUCUUGGAGUGCCACUUCAAGUUCACAAGUAGUAUGGUUCUUCCUGUGAUGGUCGCUUUAGCUUCUCUUUCUUUCAGAGGUUUCACUCAUUUUUUUUUUUUCCACAUUGUUUGGUGCUGUUUCUGACAUUUCUCCUCUUAAGUUACUAAUCUUACUUUUUGAAUAUCUUGUGUGUGUGUUGGCUACUAUUUACAAUUGCAGGAAGAUAAUAGAAGAAAACAUUGCCAUUCUGAGAAAGGUCAAGAUUUAUUCAAAGAACAUUUAGGGUUUGAAGCACCUCAGGUGAGGUGAACUGAGGGCCAGUGUCCUCAGCACAAAGCCAUUUAUUUCCACUACCAGUUGCUCCUCUCUGAAGCACCUUUAGAAUCCAGGCACCAAAGGCCUCUCUGUUCAAUACUGAUAAUCAUGGCAGUACUCUGAGGAAUUAACUGCCUUGUGUUUGGGAGAGGGAGAGAAGUUGGAAUUCCGUAAAGACUGAAGCGAUCUUUAGAAUGGACAAUGACUUAGUCACAGGCAAAGAAUACAGAUGUGCAUGUAGCCGACCAGCAAUAGAAAAACUACAUACAAACAAUUAAUCUGUGACAAGCCCCUCCUGACACCACAGAGAGGGAGGCAAGACAAGGCGGAUUAUUUCAAGCCUGGAUAGAACUAUUUGCAACGACCUUGAGCUUUGUAAUGCAUCCCAGUUAUGAGGAAGCACCGUCCCAGGUGUUCCAGAAUGGUGCAAGGAGCGCCGUGCAGUCACGGACACCGGACUUCCCUCUGUGUUCCUCACCACCCUCAGUGCAUGCUUUUGUGUUUAUACUUACAAUUAUGGCACUUCUGAGGACCACCUGAAUAGUCUAGGCAGAGAGGGGGUAAGCAAAAGAUGUACAGCCAAUGCCACUCCAUUUUAUCAGGAAAAUGGUAGUAAUUCUAGAAACUCUAAACAAUAGAUUUCUUAUAUUUCAUUUCCCAGGACAGUGCCACAAGAAAUUUUGCAAAACAGAGUUUUGUAAUUUGGAAAAUUAUAUUUUCUUAUGUGAAGAAAUAAAAUAGUAAGAGGCAAUUGACAGAACAUGCCACGCACAGCAAUAGCAAUACCUUGUUAAAUAGCAAUCAUGGAAUAAUUACUUUCUGAGUAAGUAUGUGGAUAAGUUGAUAUUUAGCAGGAAAUGCAAUAAAUAAGAAUAUAAGUUGGAUGUAUGGUUCCAAAUUCCUGUACUGAUUACAAACACAAAAAAUGUGUUCAUGGCUUUGAAAUCAACUCAUGAAUUAUCCAUGGCUGGUCCUUGAUGUCUUUGCAUCUUGCCCUUCUUCGUGGUAGGACAUGAUCACUUACAAGCAAACAACUCUUGGACCAGAGAGCUGACUACUCAAAAGUCAUCUGUAACGUUUUCACACUAAACACAUAAUUUUCACAAUUAAAGUCAUGAGGGCAUAACUCAGAUCAGAGAAACACGCCAGAGAGUCAGUUUACUUAGUUAUAAAACUGACAUUUCAAAAGCUUGACCUAUGUCUUGAUAAGGGUCAUAACAUUUUUAGAUUAGCUAUUUUUAAUGAGAUAGAGUGUGAUGAUACAGUUUCAUCAGGGUGACCGCUUUGGGAGAAACCCCCCAAAUUCCAAUGAUCCAGCAAUCCCACUUUCGGGUGUUUUCUCAAAACAAGUUGAAACAGGUCCACAAAAAAAAAGACUUCCACAAUUAUGUUAUUUCAACAAAGAAUGGGGGAUCCCCAACAUUCUGUGCUUUCCUUCCCUUCAAAUCUAACAAUUGAAAACGAGCACCUGAGGAUUCUGCUUGCUCUCUUUUUAACACCACAGAACACAUGUAUCACGUGGUCCUUACAGGACCUGAGUGGGUCGGGGUUUGCUCCUGGCUGCACGCCGACCACUCCCUCCACCUCCAAACCCAGCUGGUGGCACAUCUUUGUACAACUCUGACUUAAGAAUGGGUUGUGCAUGAUGAAGGGUUGUUCAGAAAGCAGAGGAGGACGAAGAAGUAGAAGGAGGAGUGGAGGGGCAGGCGGAGGACGAAGGCAGAACACGUUGAUCAUGUGACCCUUUACAGAAAAGCUGACGCAGGCCACACCACUGCUGCCGUCUUUGCCAUCUACACAGGGAACCUGGGUCUCCACCUGGUGCCUCAGAAGUCCCUGUCUCUGAGUUUCCGUCCACGUCUCACUGCCACAUGACAGUAUUGAUUUAGAAGCGCAGGAGGCAUCUGGCUGGCAACUCUGUGGCAAGUUUCCUCUAAGAAUCUUGUUCCCACCUUGAAUAAAAUACGUGCCAGAAUGUGUCACGGCCGCCAGUGUGCCUCCUCCGUGAUCUCAACACAGAGGCCCUGUUCAUGGGUCCUCGUUCUGGGUGAUAUUUUAGAUGAAUGGGACUCUUGGCUCCUCGGCCACACAACAUUUUGCUCUCCUCCCAGUUGUCCUGUGAUGCCUCUGCUCCUUACCAGAAUACCUUCUGUGGUCAGUCAGAGUGGCCCCACUCCUGGACACACCGUCCACUCUCUUUCUCUACUGCUUCGUGGAAACUCUGGCCUUGAAGAAAUCCCUCUCUCUGCUGACUCUGCACAGGAGCCUGUCUAGCUAAACAUGACGGAGGAGAAACCAGAAACAUGCCAGUCGGCAGGCCUCCGGUGUGUGCCUCAUGGUGCUGAGCAGUCAUAUUGCGGGUCUCUAGGCAUCAACUCUUUUGUUCUAAAAGAUACUCACAUAUCCAACAGUUCUUUGCCGUUGUCUUCACAUGAUGACCUACUUUUCCAUUUUACUCAGAAAAUAGAAAUCAUUGAAGAAACAAUUGAAGAAAACUUUCACAAACGCCCACCCCAUGGUGACUCGAAUAUCAACGUGCUCACCAGGACAGCCUAUCUCACCUCCUGUUACUGUAUGUGACCUAAGUGUCUGUGUUUCACAUUUGAAUUGUCUCCUCCAUCCUGUUUGGAUUCCCAGGAGUGCUAUGGUAAUUAUCCCCUUUUAAUCCUACAUCCUGAGUUUCUCUCUCUCUACUGGAUUGUCCCCAUCAACAAACACAUAUAUUUCUUUUUUACAUAUCUUUAAAAACAACAGUGAAACUGUGUCAAUAUCAUUUUCUUACCCAUCUUCCUCCCUACAUCUCUACUUUCUUUUCUAGAAAUAUUCUUGGGAAGAGUCUUUUAUGCCUGUCUCUAUUACCGCUCACUCUGUUCUCUCUCAUAUUCUUGUCAUCAGUCUUUCUUCAGGAACCGUCAAAAUUGUCUUAACAAACAAUUACCUGGCCACAUUGGGGUCCGUCCUAAUCUUCUAGUCCUGGAAGCAGCACUGGACCCAGUGCCCCUCUGCCUCUCCACUUAGCUCCAGGUCAUCAAAUUCUCCGGAUUCCCUUCUACUUCUCCGGCCUCUCCUUCUCAGUUGCAUGCACUGUCUCUCUGUCCCUUAUCUCUUCUCGAGGAGAGGUCUUCCACAGGUGUGCCUAAUGGCCUGUGUGCUGAAAGCUCCUACUCAUAAGUAAGUCCAGAUGGGACCUGGUCAGUUCCAGACUGGUACAGAGCCCCCUACCUACCUGACCCUGCUGAGAUGUACACAGACAACUUAAACUAAAAUGUCUGCGUUUCUUCUGGAAGUAACUGCCUCUCAUAGACUUUCUCAUUUCUGCAAAUGGAAAGUCCAACAUUCCUCUGGCAGCUAAGGCCCAGAGAACCUUAAAGCCAAAACUUGGUUCUUUUCCUUCUGUUAAACACCGAUGCAUCAGCAAAUUCUUUCAGUUUUAUCUCCAAAGUAUUUGGAGAACUCAACCAUUUCUUAACACUCUGCUGCUAAUAUUCUGGUAUCAUAUGCCAUCAUGUUUCAGUUUUAAGAUUCUUAUGGCUCCCUAACUAGUCCCUGUGCCUUUGUCCUGCCCUCUUAGAGACCGCUCUUAACGUACAGUAAAAGAUGAUCUCUUCAAGAUGGAAUUCAGGACAAUUCUGCUCAAAACCCUCCCAAGCUCCUCACCCUGGGUGGGUUGAAGACUGUGACCUGCUGGGUCCUGCUCACAGUCCAGGCUAGUACUCACCCCAAAUUCAUUUCAUACCCGACUGCCUUCCCUUCUCCUCCAGGUCUGGACCGUCACAUUCCUCGACUCCAGCUCAGGGACCUUGCCCCGCUCUUCCUUGGCCUUUAGCACCCUCCCUCGGAAAACCCCUCCUCAAGCAGGACCAUCUCUUAGGCCGUCCCUCCACACUCCGCUCCAACCAUGUCCCACCUGCUCUGGUUCAUGACCCUGCAUAGCGCCUGGCCUGGCUUCAAACAGGUCCAGUGUAAAACCACCUGCUUAAUCGUUUCAUAGGAUUUAUCACUCGAUGUGAUGAUCUUGUUUUUUUAUUCAUUAAAAUUGGCAGUGAGUAGUAAUCAUUCGAACACUUUAUUAUUUCUUUACAAGAAGAUAAUUACACAUUGCAAUAUAUGUUAUUCUUCAGAUUAGUACAUAGCUAGAAGCACAGAGUGUCUUAUCUACUAGCUAAUUUACUUUUUCUCAUCAAUAGCCCCCAUUUUAUAAGUGAGAAAAGCAAGCAAGUAAUUCAGCUAACAAAUAAAGAAAAACAUUAGCAAGAGUCUCAGGUUAGAAAUUCCUCUGAGAGUUCUUUCACAAAUUGGCCACAGUCAAAGACCAGACUUUUGGAAUCUUGCCUGCAUGGUUAACAUAACGUCAGUGUUCGGGUAGGCCCGGCUGUCAGUCAUAGCACUUGGGUCCUGUGGUCUGCACUCAUGGAAACAAUGCUCCUGGGUUCCCUUUUCCAUUUCAAAACAGCAAGCAAGAAGGAAUUCUAGUUCACAG